UCGGCCGAACUCGCCCGAACCCCCGAACCACCCUAGCCCGUCAGUCAGUCCGUGCGUCGUCGUUGGCGCGAACGCGUCGUUCGAAAUUCGAACGCGGCAAUUUUUUUUUCGGCGCGAAGUGUGUGAUGGUUUCCGAAUUGUGUGUGUAACGAUAGUGCUGUGUGAGUGUUGUGAAAAAGAAAUUAGGUCGUACUAUGUCGGGCUGAGUGUGUUAGUGUGAGUGACAACAUGGCGCUCAACGUUUUGACAGUUCUGACGUUAGCUGUCAUCGGCUGUCAGCUAGCGCACGCCGCUACAGAGAGAGAGCAUGCGUCCGCUCUCGUCGGCUCGACCGCGCGUCUGCGUUGCCGCACCGGCGCGUCUGCCUGCGGCGCGAUGCACAGCAUCAAGUGGUACCGCGCGGAGCGGCGCGUGUAUGUGCUGUCCGCCGGCCUGAAGACCGCCCAUCCGGAGCACGACAGGAUAAGCCUGCUGCACGGCAGCAACCUGACGUACGCGGAGCUGGUGAUCUCCAACGUGGAGGCUGAUGAUGAGGGCGUGUAUCGCUGCGAGAUCACCUACCUGCAGGUCGGCGAGGACUGCAACACGGUGCAGCUGUUCGACUUCCAUACUUACAUCCGUCCCCGCUCCAUCGAGGUGAUGACUGGCGGUGGGGACGUCCUCACUGAGGGGGCUACGCUCGGCCCCCUGCUGGAGCGGAGUGUAAUCAACGUGAGCUGCAUCGUGGUGGACGGGAAACCGCGGCCGGAGGUGACGUGGUGGUUCAACGGGGAGGAGAGGACGGAUGCGGUGACGGCGAUCGAGGGGAAGACGGUGCGGCAUUCGGUGAUGGUGACGGUGACCCGCGCGGAGCUGAACGGGCGGCUGGAGUGCCGGGUGUCGUCCGCCGCGCUGGAGCGGGACAUAGUGCGGACGGUGACGCUGGACGUGCGAGUACCCCCCAACAAGAUAUCCAUCACCGGUGUGGGAGAGCACGCGACUCAGGGCACACUCCUCACGCUCAUGUGCGCCGUGUCGGGAGCGCGGCCGGCGGCGACGGUGGAGUGGCUGAACGGCACGGAGAAGAUGGUACCAGGAGAGCAGAAUAUACAGCUGCGCGAAAUAGAGGCGAACGACACGACAUUCGAGACGACGUCAAACUUGACGUUCGAGGCGACGCGGUGGGAGAACGGACGCAAGUUCGUCUGUCAGGCGAGCAACGAGGUGAUGACGAUGACGAACGAGCACCCGAUACAAGCGAGCCGGGAGCUGGAGAUCUGGUAUCCGCCCAUCGUGACGGUGAGUCCGCCCAACAUCACCGUCAUCGAGGGCUCCAAGAUCCUGCUGAAGAGCGAGUACGAGAGCAACCCCUCCGCCCUGAAUGAGGUUAUAUGGUUCAAAGACGGCGAGCGACUGCAUGUGAACAGCAGCCACUACCAAGGCGGCAGCACCGAGCAGCACUCGCUGAUCAUUCUCGACGCCGACGGCGACGACACCGGCAACUAUACCGUGCUGCUCAACAACGCCGUCGGCAACGGCAGCACGGAGGAUGUGAUCAGCGUGCACGUGCUGUUCAAGCCCCAAGUACGCCUCACCAUGUCCUCACCAAGCCCUAUCCUGGAGAAGGAGCAUCGGAACGUGACCCUAACGUGUGAGGUGGUCUCCGGCAAUCCGGCGGUGUUGGAUGAAGUCAUUUGGUACCUGGAUGGAGAGGUGCUGAAGCAUCUGCCUGAGUGCAACGGCACUGAUGACGCGCUCUGCAACGAGGUGGACCCAUCAAUGCUGCUCCUCCAGGACACCACGAAGAGUUUCCACGGCAACUACUCGUGCAAGGGCAAGAACUACGCCGGCUGGGGCAACGAGAGUGAGAAGGCUGAGCUGGUUGUGAACUACCCUCCCGGGCCGGCGAAGCUGACGUACUCCCCCUGGCGAGUGGUGAAGGGCAAGUCGCUAGUGCUGUCCUGCAGCAUCGAGGAGAAGGGACGACCGGAGGCUCACAGAUUCCGUUGGUACCGCGGCGAACGUGUCGUCAGCGACAUCGUCUCCCAAAACUGGACGAUCGACCCCGUGACGUUGGACCACCGCACCAACUUCUCCUGUCGGGGCACCAACGCGGGCGGCGAGGGACCGGCGGCUAGCUUGAAUGUGGAUGUGCUGGCACCACCGAGCUUCAAGUACGCAAUGAACCAUUACAGUGGUGCUCUGUACAAAUCACAGAACAUCUCCCUCUCGUGCACUGUGGAGUGUGCGCCGCUCUGCUCCGUGCAGUGGCUGAAGGAUGGCGUGCUGAUAGACCCUGAGAAGACGAACCAGUACUACGUGGUGGAGAGGCAUAUCGACCCGCAGGUCAACAGGAACGACUUCGAGGCGACGGAGAGCACGCUGCACUGGAACAUGUCAGCCUGGCCGGGCGGCGUCCUGUCACGGGCGGCGGACACCGCUCGCUACACCUGCAGAUCUUCGCGUAAUGCCGCUGGACCACCUGUAAACAGUACUACGAAGUUCGCUGUGGAGUACGAACCGGAGAACAUAACGGUGACCCCGCAAGUGGUGUCUGUCAACGAGAACGAAAUACCAGCCAAGGUCGUGUGCGCAGCCAAGGGUUUCCCGAUGCCGAGCUACACGUGGCGCCGCGAGACAGCCUCGAAGAGCGGAGCGAGGGAGCACACGAAUACAUCGCUAGUGCUGUCCUCUUCUAAUACGCUCCUAUUGGGCCCCGUCGCGCGGAAGGACGGCGGGAACUACGUCUGCGAGGCGUAUAACCGACAUGGGUCGGUCAAUACGACGGUGUAUUUGGAUGUUAUGUUCAUACCAGAAUGCGGCAUCAAGCAGAUAGAGAUGGACGGAGAGCAGGUGCUCGUGUGCACCGCGCACGCCAACCCCGCUGAGGUCUCAUUCUCAUGGAAGCUCAAGAACGACAACGACAGUUUGACCGACGAGCGGAUCUGGCAGAUUGGAGUGCAGAGCUACCUCCGCCUGUCCUCGACCGUCGACGUGUAUAGGACUUACCUGUGUUAUGCCAACAACAGCGUGGGGUUGUCGAGAGCUUGCGAGAGAGACGUUAUGGCUAACUUGGAAAGCUAUGGCAACAAGGUGUGGUGGCGAGACCAACAGAAGCUGAUCCUCAUUGGGGGCAUAGCUCUGGCUGUGCUGGUCAUCACUGUGAUCCUCUGCAUCAUCAUCAUCUGCAUAUGCAGGAGAAUGAGGGGCAAAUCCAAAUGCCCACCUACGAAUGGUGUAGAUAAUGCCGCGAACGGGGCUCUCGGGGAUCCGGGCUUGUACGAGAACCUCCCCUUCCAUGGUCUCCAGCAGCCCCCCAACAAGCCCGUCCAAGCGAUUCAACCUAGAGUAGUCGAUACUAACCAAAAACCGCCGAAAGAUCUGGAAACAUUGCAAAAGCAGCUAACCACGAACCCGUCGUUCGCACCUCGUAUAGUCUGCCCGCCGUUCGUCCAAAAUGCUAUCAACUAUCCUGUGACGUCAACGAACUCUGAGUAUCAAACAACUUAUGGGAUCCCAGUACUCUCGCCGAUACAACAGAUGUUUCCACUGCAUCAAACGGUGCUAUUGAACCCCUACCUACCGCCAAUGCAGACAUCGUACCUAAAACAGUUCUCAACGAUAGAGGAAGAGGCUGAGACGAAUAAGAGGAAAUUCAGCUCGCUAAAUACGAGAAAUCAUAAAGCUAAUCCACCUAAAUUCCAAUCUAUGAGAAUAAUAAGGAAAAGAAAUAUCGAAAGGUUCUAUCCCAACACAGAAUAUGGAGAAAACUUCAAUGAGAUUAAUAGCAAUAAUAAAAAUUCCGAUUCCGAUUAUGAAAAAGUUGAUUCCGAUGAUAAUAUUUAUGAGAAUUAUCCAUCGGUGUUCAAAGUGAAGUCAGAUAUAAGCGGUGUCGAACAAUUUGAGAAUUUGACGGAUUCCAUUCAGAUUUGUGAGGAAUCGAUGGAUGUGAAUGCAAUAAAUGCAUCAACCACAUCAUUAAAUAGACCUAUACCUGCGCCGAGGACGAAAAUUACUCCUAAGACGUCACCAGCUAAGACUGAUCAUGUUUAUGUCAAUUUGUCCAUGCCUCUCAUCAAUAAUAGAAGCUUGGACACUGUAGAUGCGCCGGUAAGACCGGCUAGAUCAGAAGAAAACCUCCGAAAACUGAAACUCCAAAGGGAAGAAGCCAAAGAAAAAGAGAUAGAACCUUCUGAUGAAGUGUCAGACGACGAGAAACAGAAUAAUGAUAAUGAGGAAAAGGCCGCAGCAGCAACGAAGCCACAUAUACACAUAGUUGGUGCUACACCCAAAAAAGUAUCGACCGGUAUACCACCAUCGACAUCACUAGUUAAAUCCGUAGUUAGUCAAUUAAACGAGCAAGGUAUAACUAAAGCUGCACCAAAAAAGCAAAUUAUAACACCAAAUAAAACAUUACAAAUACCAAAGCUAGCCGAAAAGCCGAUACCAAAAAGAACUGUAGUGAGACGUAGCAAUUCGGUACAAAUAACUUUACCAAAUAGUAGUCAUGACGAUCAGAAUACUAACAUACUCCAGCAACAGUAUCUGCAAAAGAGAAAUCAUUUUACUAACAUUAGCACAAAAGGAAAGAAUAAGAAGAACUUCCAAAUUCCACUGCAAAAACACCACAGCUUCUGCUACUUCCAACCUAUUCGAGUCGACAAGAGAAUACCCGUAGACCAGGAGAGAGCGUACAACAACACCAUAGGUCCAAUGAUAUACCAACCGACAGAGCCGCAAUAUUAUACAAAAACACUGAACAGAACCAGAGAAAAGAACAGUCACAAAAAUAGACUUAAGAAAUCGGAGAGCCUUCGAGAAAAGUUGUCCUGUGUAGGUGUCUACGACAACUACGAGAAACCCAACUACCCAGAGCCAGAAUAUAGCGAAUCGGAGAGAAGAUCAUACCUCCAUCUCCUAAAAGGCAAUUACAUAUCAAACUCCACGAGAAAUCUAGCGGAGAACAAUUUUAAUCCAAAUUUUAACACGCUCGGUCCCAAAGAGGAGAGACCGAAGAAAAAAUUAGUUUACGCAGAUUUAGCGCUAGGUAAUCAUAAUUUAAAAUUUAAGAAUACUGUCAAUUCAAAUAGACAUUUAUACGACACGUAUUCUUGUAACGACAGUAGUAAAAAUAGCGAAGGUAGUUAUAAAAAUAAUACGAGCCAAAGAAAAAGUAGCCAAAAGAGUGAUUAUGCGACUCUGAAAUUUAACGAAAUCGACGUUUAAAGGAACGCUUUAGCAAGAGCGACACAUACAUUUUUUAAAAG